AUGACUUCCUUUCUUUCUUCGUCUAAUUUUAUUCAUAUUUUAAUUCUUUCCUUCAUUCUUAUCAUUGUCUCUUUCUCUCUCUUUAUUUAUUUUUCUUUCUCUCUUCAUGUCCAUGAUUCCACUUUUAUCUCUUUAAAUAUUCCUCUUUUUUCCGUAUUGAUUCUUUUUCUUUUUUUACUCUCAAUAAUAUUCUUUUUGUCUUUGUUUUUUUCUUUUUCUGUGAUUUUUUUCUCCAUUUUUUCAUUCUUUCUUUGUUUUCGCCAUUUUUCUAUCUUUUUCUUUUCUUUCAAAUUACAUCUGUUUUUUUUUCAUUUUUCUUUCUUUUUCUUUCUUUUUCUUUUUUUUUCAUUUCUUUCUUUCACUUUCUUUCUUUUUCUUUCUUUUUUUUCAUUUCUUCUUUUUUUAUUUCUUUUUCUUUUCAUUCUAUCAUUCAUUCUAUACUUUCUUCCUUCCUUUCUUUCUUUCUUUCGUCCUUUCUUUCUUUCUUUCUUUCUUUCUUUUUCUUCUUUUUUUCGUUUCUUUCUUUCACUUUUUUCUUUCCUUUCCUUCAUUGUCUUCCUUCCUUCUUUUCUUUCUUUUUUUUUUACGUCUUCCAUUGUGUUCUUUCUUUCCUCUUUCUUCUUUCCUUUCUUUUUCCCGUUUUCUUUCUUUCUUUCUUUCUUUUCUUUCUUUCUUUCUUUCUUUCCUUCACUGUUUCUUGCUCUUUUCUUUUCUUUCAUUUCUCCCCCUUUCGUUCUUUUUCUUUUUUCUUUCUUUUCUCCCUUUUCUUUCUUUCUCUUCAUUUCUCCCUUUCUUUUUCUUUUACGUCCGUUUAUCUUUCUUUCCUUUCUUUCUUUUUUUCUUUCUUUGUUUCUUUCUUUUCUUUCUUUCUGUUUGCUCUUUUUUCUUUUUUCUUUCCUUCAUUUUCGUUCUUUUUUUUUUCGUCUUUCCUUCCUCUGUUCCUUUCUCCCUUUCUUUCUUUUUCUUCUUCUUUCCUUCCUCCCUUUCUUUUUCUUUCUUUUCUUUCUUUCUUUCUUCAUUUCUUCGUUUCUUUCAUGUUUUUUUUUUUAUUCUUUUCCUUCCUUCCUUCCUUCCUUCCUUCCUUCUUUCUCACUUUUUUCUUUCUUUCUUUCCUUCGUUUCUUUCUUCACUGUUUUGCUCUUUUUUUCAUUGUCUUCCUUUCCUUUCUUUUUUUUACGUCCGUCCUUCCUCCCUCCCUUUCUUUCUUUUUUCUUUCAUUUUCUUUCUUCUUUCUUUCUUCAUUCUUUCUUUCAUUUUCUUUUUCUUUUCUUCAUUCCUCCCUUUCAUUCUUUUUUCGUCCUGUUUCCUUCUGUUUGCUCCCUUCCUCCCUUUUCUUUUUUUGUCGUCCUUCCUCCUCUCCUUUCUUUUCUUUUUUCUUUCUUUUCUUUUUUUUCUUUCUUUCUUCAUUUCUUUCUUUGCUCUUCUUUCUUCAUUGUCUCCCUUCCUUUCUUUUUACGUCCGUCCUUCUUUUCCCUGUUUUCCCUUUCUUCAUUGUCUUCUUUCUUUUUUUUUUAUAGUCCGUCCUUCCUCCCUCCCUUUCUUUUCUUUUCUUUCUUUUUUCUUUCUUUCUUCUUUCUUUUUCUUUUUUCUUCUUUUCAUCUUUCUUCUUUUUCUUCAUUGCUCCCUUUUCAUACUUUUUACGUCCUUCCUCCCUCCCCUUCCUUCCUUUCUUUCUUUUUCUUUUUUCCUUCGUUCUUUUUCUUCGUUUCUUUCUUCACUGUUUGCUUCUUUCUUCAUUGUCUCCUUUCUUUCUUUUUAUUUUCCGUCUUUCCGUUUCUUCCUCCCUUUCUUUUUUCUUUUUUUUCUUUCUUUUCUUUCUUUCUUUAA